AUGAGCGAGUUCUUGCAGACAUGGUGGUUGUCACUAGUACACAUCCUCACAUUUCUUCUCAUCACUUGGGUCUCGUGUAGUACUUCUAAAGAAUCUGCACAGGAUACGGUACCCGAAGAACAGGCUCCGCCCAUUCAAGAGGCUCCACCCAUUCAAGAGGCUCCGCCCAUUCAAGAGGCUCCGCCCAUUCAAGUGGCUCCGCCCAUUCCAGAAGAGUCUAAACAGGCGAAAAAGUCGAGACAUCCCAGAAAUAGGGACAUGCCAACCGUCAAAAUGGGGGAACAAUCGAAACAUCCAAAAAAAUCGAAACAUCCAAGAAAAAUAAGAGAAGAACAAUCGUCCAGCGCGAUGGCAGCACGAAUGCCGAAAAAAGGCAAGAGACGCCAAUAG